GGAUCACUUUGCAUCUUCCGCACUGGAUGUACAUUUAGGUACAGAGUAUUUCAACGCGGCUGAUGUUUCACGCCAUCUAGUGUCCUACACAGUAGCCAAGGCCAAGGAUUCUCCCGCAUCAUCCCGCGACGCCCGCAGUUAGCCAUGUCAGGCCAGCCCCCAAGUAGUCAGAAAAGAUUCGUGUCGCCGCUGCAUCAGGGCACAACAGUUUGUCCCAUUGACCAGAUAGAUGCCAACGUUGGUAUUUCGAACAGGUACAGAUCAAAGUAACGCGGCCGCGCCUAGACAAGAGAAAGAAGGCAAUCCCGCAAAGCUAGAAAGAGACCGCUUCAAUGAUUAUGGCUGCCGAUCACCCUGGCAAGCUGUUACGGCUGUGGCUUCGUUGAACCCUUGCCAGAAAAUGCCUCAAUUGAAUGCUAUACCUGCCUACUACAUCUGCCUUGAAUGUCGUGCGGCGUACACACUGUACACGUCACAUUCUCAAAAGCGAAAGGAUUUGGAUCGUCUAGGAACAAGGGACGUUGACUCGCUGCGAAACUCGGUCAAUACCAGUACGGUAUCCUACGUCGUAUGUGUUACCAAUUUUGUCGCCAAUGGGCUCUGCCUAGUACACCGCAAGUACGAGGUAAGGUAUGUUCUAAACCCAACACUACAAGUUUCGCUGCCGUCCCUGCCAAGUCGAUGGGCAGCGGGGGCCGAUCUCUUGGUAUUGCAAAGCAUGCCUAUUACGAGUACACGUCGGACCGACACACACUUGGCAAUUCUGAUAGAUAAUGAGAAAGACGGACACACAGCUCUUGGCGUACUCAAUUGCGAGACACAAGAAGCAUUUACAUGCUCUGACCCGUCUCGGAGGGAACAGUACCGGCAGCGGCAGAUACCAAUUGUUCGUCUAGACGGCGUUCGUCUGACCCGAUCACUCCUUGGCCGGCUUCACUUCAGGUAUCGAGUACGAAUACAAGUUGUACACAUCUCAUGAAUUUGAACCCGAGAUUGCCGCCAUAAGGUGUCUCACAGCACGCUUGGCCGUUAAGUCGGGAAGACUCAUUUCCAAUUGAUGCCUUCGAUGAGC